UCUAAUAUUUAAGUUACUUUUCGCGCCGUCAUUUUUGUACAGAAUAGGCGUUUCUUGGAAGUAUAUGAAAGUUUUAGACAUAAUGGCUGAGACUAGUGACUUGGAGUCAAAUGGUCAAUUAGAAGCAACGCUUGUUGAAAAGGAUACGGAGAAGACUGUGAAGUUUUCAAAGCCAACGAUGUUGCGUUUAGUGCGCGUUAGUGAAAACAUUUUGAAGCGCAUAUUGCGUUCAGGACAAAUGAUAUUGGGCAAGGUGCCAGCAAAUGCUAACGCACACUAUCUUAUAGCCGAGGGACGUGAAUUAAUAAGGUCGAAAAAGCCACGUGUUUAUCGUACUGGCAACGGCUUUAAAUUGAAUCAAUUUGAGGUGCUGCUACGGUCUAUGUAUCCCAAAGAGCGUGCCAUAUUCUAUAAGAAGAAACCUCAGCCGCAAGGCAAACCCUUGCUGGUGAUGAUUUUCACCAUCGAAGUACUUCGAUACGAAGUGAUCAGCAUGCCGCAGCCCAAAAAACCCAUACAGUCUACCAGCUUUGACAAGGUCUUUUCUCUGGCACAGAUUCAGUAUAUGCGUGGGAAGAGGCACAUGCAGGGCGCCAACUAUUGCCAUGCAGUGGCAUUUUUUGAAAUUGGUAUCACUGAGCUGCAUUAUUGCUCGCUUGGCAGCGAUCUUGAGAGGCACAAGCAAGUGACUCUCUUAAUACAUCUCUAUACAAAUUCUAUGAUUUGCUGUAACAAGUUGAAUAUACCCCAACGCGUAUGUAUUAUGAUGCAGGCCAUGCGAGGCUUUUCGGAAGACAAAAUACCAUGGGAGGCAUUGAUACAUGAAGGACGGGCUCUUACCUCCAUGGGAUAUUAUGAUCAAGCGCGUACUGCCAUAAUGAGUGCUCUAAAUAAGGAUCCACAGAAUCAACAUAUUAUCGAUGAGAUGAUUAAACUCAAUCGUGUCGUUGGCGUGGGCGUGGAGAAGGAAAUAAAAUUGGACGUGGAAAAGGAGAAGGCUGAAAAUGUGUUGCGUUUUAAGCAGCUUUAUGGAACAGUAUUUAGUGAGUUUGUAGCGACCUCUGAUAUAUCGUUUAAAAUGCGCAUUGAAUGCAGCAAGGAGCAGCAUGAAAUGCUACAAGUAUUGGCCAAUGAGCACAAUUUAAAACUAGCACACUCGGCCAUUGAUGAGGCCACCGUGAUUGUUUCUAAAAAAUUGAAGAACAAGUAUGUAAAUACAGAUCCACCGCGUAGAGCACGCCUUCAGUCUGUUGAAGAAAAAAAAGCAGCAGAAGGCGCACCACUUAACUUGGUCAAAGAAAAAACCCAUGAGUUGAAAUAA